UUGUGUGAGACAGUUGAACGCUGUGUUCUGUUUUAUUUACAGCAUUCAUGUUUUGCCAUGAGCUACAUUUUUAAUAUGAAAGUUUUUAUUGCAGCCGUAGUGUUAGUGCGUAAAAGUUUCGUCUGAAUAAUUUUAUCCUAGAUAAUUGAAUCUCCGUACAAAAAGUCUGUGUGUUAUAUCAAGAUUGAAAUUCGUGCAUGCAGGGAAUCGUAGCAGACCUCAUGAAAGAGUAACAAGUUGCAUAAGAUUGCAGGCAGUAAAGUUAUUAAAUUAGAAAGCAAAGUCUAAGUUAUCACCAGCCAAGUUGCCAGUGCCUUUCCAGCGAAGUGGUUAAACAGACUGUGACUGUUAAUUACCAAAAUAGCUCAUAAACACUCCUGUGAUUAAGGACUUGAAGACAUUAAUCACUAUGAGUACCAACACUUCAAAAACUUCGAGGCACUUCCAACCCAAGUUUUCUACUAGCAUCAUAUACCGCUCUAACAUAUACGCCACCCGUUCCAUGUACGACAAAACCUACCACGCCAGUGCAUUAUUCGGCUACAACAAAUCGUCUUAUAAUAGAUUACUGGCGUCUAGUUACGUUGACUCAGCGAAUCACUAUAAGUCCAAUUCAGUCAAUUCGACAUUUAGCUCUAACUUCAAUAAUAGCAAGGCCAGCAGUAGCUAUUGUAGUAGUAGUAGUUUUGAUUUGAGCAAGUAUUUACCUCACAACUACGUUCCUAACAUUCAGCGUAAUGGUUUGCUCACCAAUACAACUUCUAGAAGUUUUUCUACCAGCCCAAACAACAGUAGUCGUAAUUUUAUUACCGCCACCGAAGAUAUACUUGGUGGUAAUGAGUUUAGUUGUGAACGUCGUAAUCCUCAAGCUCAUAAGUCUCCACUGAAUGAUCAAAACAACUCGCCGACAUUGGUAGUAUUAUCAUCUGGAAAAUCACGACCAAAUGCAGUCAGUGAGAGCAGGAUCAACUUAAUAUUUGAGGAUGGCAGUUCAAACGGCAUAUCUACCGAAAGAUGUAGAUUAGCGAGUACUCGCGGCGAGCACGACGGCCUAAAUGGUUUGCAAAACAUUGGAAAUACGUGUUUCAUGAAUAGCGUUAUUCAAUGCUUGAGUAAUACUCGACCACUGUUGGAGUACUUGCUAGAUAACCAAUAUUUGAGUGACAUAAACACCACGACGUCAAGUAUGAAAGGAGCUUUAAUAAAAGCCUUUAGUGAGGUGAUAGAAGAACUUUGGAAGAAAGAAAACAAGCAUGUUGUAAAUACAUUGACGUUAAAAUCUCAAAUACAGCGGUUCGCUCCUCGAUUUAUAGGCUACAGACAACAGGAUGCUCAGGAGUUUUUACGCUAUCUACUUGAAGGUCUUCACGAAGAUGUGAAUCGUGUAACCAUCAAACCUCAACCAAUUUUGAAUGACAUACCUGAUAACUAUUCGGAUAACAUGAAGGUCGUUGAGAGUUGGAAGCGAUAUUUGUAUAGUGAAAAUAGCACAAUAGUGGAUUUAUUUGUUGGUCAACUACGAUCUUCAUUGCGUUGCAUUGUCUGUGAUCAUGUAUCUGUCACACUAGAUCCCUUCUGGGAUCUCAGUCUACCAAUACCCACUCGCUCAGAUAGCAUCAAACUCAGUCAAUGUUUCGAACAUUUUACUAAGGAGGAAGUUCUUGAUGGAGAUGAAAAACCUACGUGUUCCAAAUGCCAAAUGAGAAGGAAGAGUACGAAGCGUUUUAGUAUACAAAAGUUUCCAAAAAUUCUUGUAAUUCAUCUUAAACGGUUUUCACCGAUGGAGCGUUUUCGAGGAAAAUUGAACAUACUAGUGCACUUUCCGUUGAUGGGAUUGGAGUUAAGUGCGUUUGCAGCUCUCCGAGUGCAGGACUGCACGUACAAUUUAUACGGUGUUGCAAACCAUUCGGGUACCACAUACUCAGGCCACUAUACUGCUUAUUGCAAGCAUCCUUAUUCAGGUGAAUGGCACGAGUACAAUGAUAGUCGUGUUAGUCCAGUAUCGGCACAUAGUGUUGUUUCCAGUGAAGCCUACGUACUCUUCUACGAACAACAGCCUCAUAAUUCCAAUCUUUGAUUCAUCAUAGUUAACUUUGUUCAUGACAAAUAUUUAUGAUUUCUCUUGAUUUUUUCACCGAUUUAUUCAAUAUAUAUAUAAUAAUUAACAAAUAUAUAAGCACAUUUUAAACCCAGAUGUACUUGGAUAUGAACAGUCGGAAAGCCAGUGUACUAUUUAUAACCAAUAUAGGUUUAAUCCAUAAACUAAAAUUUGUUAAUGUAUUAUAAUUUUCUAAAUUGCAUAAAAAAUAUAUAGAUAAGUCGUUAAGAUUUUUGUAAAUUUAAAUCUGU